UUCUACGGAUAUGGCCGCGUAUCGGCAAUACAACACUGCAAUGUUUUGUAUAAUCAUUUUUUAAAAUGUAUAAGGUGUUUUUUUAUUAUAGUGACUAGUACUGACUAGCAGAUUGUGUAUAGUGCUGUGAUAUUUGUAAUGGAUAUAGAAGAGAGCGAAAUAAGAGAUGCAAUCGAGAUGGUAGAGACUCUUCAGUCCAUGAUCGACGUUGCAGCUGAAAGACUCGAGGGUCUGAGGACGCAAUGCUCUACGAGCGCGGGGCUGACGCAGCAGGAGAUCCGGACGCUGGAGGGCAAGCUACUGAAGCACUUCGCGAAACAGCUGAAGAUCAAGGAGCGCUUCGAAGAAAUCCUGCCGCAGUUGAAUGACAUACCUUGCUUGCGGCAGUGGCUACGCGUGGUUGGGCUCAGCGAACAAGCCAUACAGCAAAUAUGCCUCCGAGUGUCAACCCUGGAUUCGCUCCGAGAUCGUUCCGAUUCCGAACUACGCGGCUGGUUGGUGUCCGUGCGAGAAGAGGAAUGGAAACGACUGUGUCGAGCUAUGAACCGAUUGCGGGCCUAUACCGACGCGUUAAAUCGCGGCGAGGCGGAAGCGGAAAUACAACUGUACUGGGAUUCCUGGGACCGGAACAGGCAAGAAUGGGAGCGGACGCGGCUGGAGUGGGAGCGGAGCCAGCAGUGGCGCGGCUCGCCGCGCGCGCGCAUGCGGCAGCGCGGCUCCGUGCCCAGCGACCCCGACAACACGCCGCGUAAGGUCGGCAAAUCACCUAGGACACCUCUAAACAAACGGAAAGAGAAUUCUCAUCUCCCGGCACCGACGAACCUCACCAAGUCGCGGUCACACGAGAGUCAGCUCGCAGGACGACCGGACGAAGUCGGACCGGACGUCAGCGACAACUCCCUCUUGGAGGCGGCUCCCUCGCACCUGGAGGGCUUGUGCUCGCCGCCCGCCUCCCCCGCCGUGCCGCCCUCCCCCGCGCCCCCCACCCCCGCGCCGCCCGACCCGCCGCCGAGGGACCACCCCCCGCACCAGCCCGCCAGAGACGGCAGCCUCACCGGUUCACUACCGUACAGCGUGAUCGGCGCCACCCCCCGCUCCCCGCGCACCCCCGUAGGCCGCUGCAUGGCGCACGACAUCGCGCACCGCUUCGCUAAGACUUUCAAUAUGAUCGCGACGUGCGACUAUUGCGAUAAGCAGAUGCUGUUCGGAUCGGGGCUGAAGUGUAAAGAGUGCAAGUUUAAAUGCCACAGAGAUUGCGAGCCUAAAGUACCUCCAUCGUGCGGCCUACCCGUCGAGCUAGUCCACGCUUUUAGAGACAAAGUUAGCUUCAAAGAGACUCCAUUUGGGCCUACUCCCCUAUUACAUCUCCUGGCGGCGGGCUCGGCCGGCUCGCCGGGCGCGUCGCGCGGCUCUCUGCUCGGCAGCAUACAGCGCACGCACCGGCACAAGGAGAGGAGGCAAAAACACCCGGGCGACGACCUAUCGAAUUCUUCAUCGUGCAACAGUUCGACGCCAUCAUCCCCGGCGCUAGUAGCGCCAUCUACCCCCCACCACCCGCCGCACGUGCUGCAGCCCGCACAGCCGCACAAGCCGCUGUUCCACUUCCCAGAAGUGAAGCCUCCCGUGUCGAGUCCGAACCACGUGACACCGGCGCCGACGCCUGCUCGAAUAGUCGACUUCAGUUCCGAAGUGGAGGAGAUCGAACCGGAAGAGAUGGCGGAAACGAACGAGGCGCUGCAGGACACGCUCGACGCCAACAACCAGAACCAGCCGGGGCCGUGGCCGAGACAAAAUAGCCUAUCGCUAAAAGAAUGGGACAUCCCAUACGACGAGCUGAUACUCCUGGACGUGAUUGGGAAAGGCCGCUUCGGUACCGUCUACCGCGGCUGCUGGCACGGCGCCGUCGCGGUCAAGCUGCUACACGUUCAGGCCCUGUCCGACCACGCCAUACCUCUAGACACCUUCAAACAUGAGGUGGCAACAUUCCGUAAAACCCGUCACGAGAACCUGGUCCUAUUCAUGGGCGCGUGCAUGAAGCCGCCGCGACUCGCGAUCGUGACGUCACUGUGCGGCGGCAUGACGCUACACAUGCACAUCCAUCUACGGAAGGACAAGUUCAACCCCAACAAGAGUCUUAGUAUAGCGCAGCAGAUCACGCAGGGUAUGGGGUACCUGCACGCGCGCGGCAUCCUACACAAGGAUCUUCGGACGAAGAAUAUCUUCGUGGAGAACGGGCGCGCCAUCAUCACCGACUUUGGACUGUUCAGCGUCACCAAGCUGUGCUUCGGGAACAAUGCUCGCGGCGACAGUUUAGGCAUCCCGCCGGGCUGGCUGUGCUACCUGGCACCUGAACUGAUGCGUGCUCUGCGGCCGCACACGUCGCUGCAUCUGCCUUUCAGUAAGCAGACUGAUGUGUACGCUUUCGGGACCGUGUGGUACGAGUUACUCUGCCUCGAUUUCCCGUUCAAAGGGCAGCCAGCUGAAGCGAUCAUCUGGCAGGUCGGCAAGGGCGUCAAGCAGGCGCUCGGCAACAUGUCCUCUACCAAGGACGUCAAGGACAUGCUAAUGAGCUGCUGGGCGUACCAGCCAUCGGAGCGUCCCGACUUCGCGUCCCUCCUCGCAUCGUUCGAGAAGCUGCCCCGCAAGCGUCUCGCACGCUCGCCCUCGCACCCCGUCAACAUGUCGCGCUCGGCGGAGGCCAUCUUCUGAGACUGACGCGCUCGCACGCGCGCGGCCCGCGAGUGCGAGCGCAACGCCACCGCCAUCAACACUAUCUGCCGUGUUUCUACGUGAAGCAGAUGAGAGAAAUGUAAGACGGACAGUUAGUAUUCAUUUGAAAUUAGAAAAGUCGGAAUUGUCUAAAAUGCUUCUAAGGUUGGUAUUCCACCUGUCUUAUUUCUUGGUCCAAUGUGCAUUGCGUCUCACUCUUUCACUAAACAAAAUGUGAGACGCAAUACACAUUAGACAGGUGAAAUACCACCGUAAAAGUGAUGCGAGAGCGAGCGUUAGAACGACAAAAAAAACGAGAUAAAUGAAAAAUAGUCUUUAGUAAUCUGUUAGAUAGUGUUAACACAUUUACAUGAAUUUCUAACUAUACCUAGUUAUAGUUUCAGUUAAUUCAAUGUAAACGUCAUAAUUCUACGUUUUAUUCGAGGUAAUGAUGAAAAUUCCGGGGCAAAGUUGUGUAUUGAAGGAGCUUUGAUCGAGUACGGAAAAAUUACAGUCUCUCAAAGUAUAAAUAACCAUUGGGAAAACAUGGCGGCAUGUGCAAAAUUAAACCGUACGCUAAGGAACGUGAGUGGUUUUUCAAAUGAAAAAGAGGUGGUUUAUGGAAAUUUCAUAAAUAAAAUAACAUAUACUAUAUUUAAGUAAUAUACACAUCUUUGAUUGUGUUGUUAGUGUUUGAUGUAACAAAACGACUUAUCGUUAGGUAAUGCAAACCGGUUUUUAUUUGUAUGAAAUAUUGGUUAAUAACCGGUUAUUCCAUACAAUUAAAAACCGGUUUGUAUUCCCUACAUAUCGUUAACUAACCGCAAUAAUGACGUUUCUGACAGGUUGUACCCACAAUAGAAAGGGUCAACGCUAACUUAUAUUAGUAUAAGAAUAAUUUUAAUAUCUACGUUGAAAUAAUGUUAAUUUACUCAAAUCAAUGAGGUUCCAGUGAAAAUGUAGUCCUAUAUUUUACAAUAUGACAAUGUAAAUAAUAUCAGUAUCUUUAUCAUCGUGUAAAAUUCUUGGAUAGUUGCGGUCACCUCGUUGGUUAAACUUGUAAAGCCUUGAUCUCGUAACUAGAGUAACGAGUAAAUUAUAUUUUCUUAUCAAACUGGACGUAGGUUUGUUGAAUGUGUAAAUAUUGUACAGUGUUACUAGGUGUGUGGGUGAUAUGCUGGGCUUUUUACUUACACAUGACCUAUACUUUAUACCUACAGUCUGGCCAAAAAGAGUAGAAAUUAAAAAGUGGCAACACUGUAGUGUCAUCCCUUUCAAACCAAUUUAUAUAAGAAAACGGGACGACACUACAGUGUUGCCACUUCUUAAUUUCUACUCUUUUUUGCUAGACUGUAAGAUGUUUUAAGCAUCAUUUUAAUAAAAUGGUACUUAUGCUUCCCAGGCGAUCAAAUGGAAUCUAUUUCUUUAAAUAAAUGUAACGACAUGUCAGAUGAUAGAAUCAUACCUUGACAUGAUAUAAAGGUAUUGUGCAAGUAAAAGCCUGUGUUAAAUUUGUAUAAAUUAAAAUAAUGUUGACUUGACGUUUAAAGUAUACAGAAUCUGUCGACCGUGAGUGUCCUUACAUUAACAAGGUGUUAUUAUGUAUAUUUCCAGGCAAACAUAUGUAAAGAAAUCUUGAGCCUAAUAAUUAAAAAUCUCUUAUCUGUUUGAGGAAAUAUAUGCUUUAUGUAGUUAGUUCUUAAGUAUUUUAUUCCUACUUUGAUUGUUCUCAUGGUUGAAACAAAUAGCAAUACUCCUAACUGUACAUCGGUGGACCUUAUUACAAAAAGCAUAAGGUCCACCGAUGUACAGUUAACAGUGUGGGCGAUGGAUGCACAUUGGAUGUAUCAAAGCAUCUGUAAAUACUGUUUAAACUUAUUACUAAUAGUUUCUUAACUGUCAGGAUGUUUCAAAAUCUUAAAAGAUGUUGAAUUGUAGUUGAUGAUGAGAAAGCAGGGCUUGGCAAAAAGAUGUAAGCAAUCAUUUUAAAUGUCACAUCUCACUUUAUUGUUGAUAUUUCCAUUUUAAUAGAACACAAAAAAAAUAUGAUGGCCGAGAAAUGUGCAUGUAAAAAGUUAUAUAUGUUGAAAACAAAGUAUUAUGUAAAAAUGGGGUUAAUAUUUUAGAUUGAUAAAUUAAAUUUGUUACAUCUCAUGUUAAAAUUAUUUAUAAUCAUUUGAAUUUUAAAAUAAUUAUGUUGUAUUUGGUUUUCAUUUUCUACUUGAUAAGACUUAAAAAAUCAUUGCAAAAUUAGUAUAAAUAAAUAUUCUGCUUUUCCUUAUCAUAUUUAAUUUCUGUCUUAGCUGUUGUGAAUCUGAGAUGAACCCCAAGAUUUAAGAACAUCAGAAAAUACCUAUUAAUUUGCCAUUAGUCAUAGCUACUGAAAAAUUGAAAAUGUAUAUUGUCUACUUUCAUGUUAAGAAAAACAUUUAAAUUAUUUUAGGCCGUAAUGUUAACCUGGUUCUUACAUUAUCCGAAUAGUAUAAAACAUGUAAUUACUUUUACUAAAUUUUAUUAAUACUAUUAAAUAAUAAAAGAAAAUUAUUCUGGUCACUCCACUCCUAUUGUAGUUGUAAAUGGGGGGUGUUGCCACUUGAUGUGUAUAUAGGGGGCGUGGCUUGACAUGUAUCAUAUAUUUAUUGAUAGCGGAGAGAGUGAGGCCGUAGGUUUACAUAAGUAAUGAGAUUUUGAAUGAUUAGGUUAGUCGCAUUUGCCAAAAUAAAUCUCCAUCACUGUU